AUGAGCCAAGAAAAAAUUGAACUAUUUGAAAGUGAGUUGUCAGAAGAGAGAGAAAGGAAAAAGCAAUUGACAUCUGAUCUUAAUACUGUGCAGAAGUCUUUGAAAGUUGAAAGUGAGGAAUUGCAAAAAUCAAAGUCAGAACUUAUAUGCCUUUAUAAUGAAAUUCAAAGUCUUCCAGGGGCAGAAGAAGACAGAGACCAUUUUUUAAUAGCGUAUGACCUGCUACAAAGAGAGAAUUCUGAAUUAGAAACAAAGGUCUUGAAGCUUUCAGAAGAAUUUGAGCAAUUAAACCAUUUUACGGUAGAGAGAAAAACUGCAGCUGCUAAUUUAAUUACAACUGAAAAUAUCUGUAAAUAUCUUGUGUCUAAAGUACCAAUUUUGGAAGUAGAGAUUCAAAGCCCAAAGGAAGAGAGAGAGGAGCUCUGUCCUGAAUUAGGAGAAAGUAAGCAGAAGGAAAUUCCAGAGGAGGCAGUAAAGGAGGGCACUUUUCCAAGAGAGGGACAGAAGGAGGAGGACUCACAGCAGAAACAAGAUAUGAAAGGUGAAGAACAGCAGUUGACCUUGAAGCCUGAGGAAGUCGUGAGGCUCAGAGAGGAGCUGAGCUGUAUGAGUCAGAGCCUCCUUCAGUCUCAGAGCUCUGGGGAUAGCUCAGAUGACAGUAGCGUCCAGUAUCCAUCAUCUGGAGAAAAACGGAAAUACCAGCAGCAAGAGGAGCUACAGCAACUUCGCCAGAAUUUGCACCGGCUCCAGAUUCUAUGCAACUCAGCAGAAAAGGAGCUUCGAUAUGAGCGAGGAAAGAACUUAGACUUAAAGCAGCAUAACAGCUUACUUCAGGAAGAAAGCAUUAAGAUCAAAAUUGAACUCAAGCAGGCCCAGCAGAAGUUAUUAGACAGCGCAAAGAUGUGCUCUUCACUCACGGCUGAGUGGAAGCACUGUCAGCAGAAAAUCAAGGAACUGGAGCUGGAAGUACUUAAACAGGCUCAGAGCAUUAAAUCACAGAACAACCUACAGGAAAAGCUGGCUCAGGAGAAAUCUAGAGUUGCUGAUGCAGAGGAAAAGAUUUUGGAUCUGCAGCAGAAAUUAGAACAUGCUCAUAAAGUCUGUCUCACAGACACUUGUAUUUUGGGGAAGAAGCAAUUAGAGGAAAGGAUAAAAGAAGCAAUAGAAAAUGAAGCUAAAAUAAAGCAACAAUAUCAGGAAGAACAACAGAAGAGGAAACUCCUAGAUCAGAAUAUGAAUGAGCUACAAAAGCAAGUGAAAAUCUUAAAGGAUAAAGAGAAUCAACUGGAAAUGACCAGUUCUCAGCAACGAUCCAGAAUUCAGCAACAAGAGGCCCAACUUAAACAACUGGAAAAUGAAAAAAGAAAAUCUGAUGAGUAUCUCAAGAGCAACCAGGAAUUGUCAGAGAAGCUGUCUGGGUUGCAGCAGGAGAAGGAAGCUCUACGUGAAGAGUAUGGGCAAUUUUUGAAGCAGCUUGAUGUCCAUGUGAGAAACUAUAACGAGAAGCAUCACCACCACAAAGCCAAGCUUCGCAGAGUCAAGGAUCGUUUAGUUCAUGAAGUAGAACUCCGAGAUGAGAGAAUCAAACAACUUGAAACUGAGAUUGGAGCCCUGCAGCAACAAAUGGAAAAGGAGAAGGCAUUCCAGGACCAGAUCACCACCCAAAAUGAUAUCCUGCUCCUAGAAAAGAGGAAACUUCUGGAGCAGCUCACAGAGCAAGAGGAAUUGAUCCACGGCAAUAAAUCGAUAAUAUCUUCGGUCCAGAGCAGAGUACUUUUCCUGGAUAAAGAAAAUAAGCAGCUACAAGAAAACAGUCUCCGGCUCAUCCAGCAGGUUGGUCUCUUAGAGCGAAUCAUAAGGAGCGUCCAGAUCCGCAGAGGGGAGGAACCAACAAUUAGUGACAUCCCUGAAUUUGAAGUAUUGAAUAAAAUUGUGCCCUUACCAAACUCCAGUUUUUCAGGAACGGGUUUGAUAGAGUCAGCUGGAAGUCUUCAAGAAACUGAAGAACAUAGGUCAGAAGAAGCAAUGGUAAACCCCAAGUCCCUCGAGUCUCUUUCGUGUUCACAGAAUUCUGAAGCUGGAUACAUAAACGUGGCUUCUCUGAAAGAAAUACAUCACAUCCAAGAAUAA